AUGCAGAGAAAUCCAUGGUCUGAUUUUGAUGUUGAACCAACAGAUGAAUUUCUUGCUAAACUUUUACAUGCAGACAAUUUAUUUCAAGAUAGUAGUUUUGCAUCUGAAUCAUUUGAUAGUCAUCCACAAGGUUUACAAAAACGUGGCCGACAAUGUUUAUGGAAAGUAUGUAGUUGGGCACUUGACAAACGUUCAUUUUCAUAA